CUCGCAAUGUUUGUCGCUUUCACGUAUAUCAAUGCACAACUUUGACCAUUAAUAUCUUUAAUUCUUUUUAAGCAAAAAAUAUAAAAAGUUAAUAUUUUGAAAAAAUACAUAUUAGGACGAAUCUAACAAAAUACUUAAAAAGAAUUAAAGAUAUUAAUGAUCAAAGUUGUGCAUUGAUUGAAGACGAGGUCCAUGAAACAUAAUUAAUUUCAUUUAUAGAAAUUCAUGAAGCCGACUACUCAAACGUGCAUAAGGAAACUAGCUACAGGCCUCGUCAAAUUAUGAGCUAUUCUCAUUCACUUUUAUUUAAUAAUAUAGAUUUCACUUUCUUACAUGACCAUAAUUAGCUAAUCUUGCCCUAAAAAUACAUCUAUAAAAUGAAGAUAUCAUAAGAGACAAAUUAAUUAACAAACUAAAAAAAGCACUUCAUUAACAAAUUAAACUACAAGUCCUUUACAUAUUUUAAAGAAAAUGAGCAAAGUCUUAUACUUGGCUUUUUUGGUGGCGGUGUUGGUGGUUUCAACACCAGCACUAGCACAAGAUGAUGGUAUUCCGGUACCGGAAUGUGUUACCGAGCUCCACCCCUGUGGGCCCUUUAUCAACUCGACCACCGCAGAGCCGCCGUUUGAAUGCUGCCAGCCUUUGGGAACUGUGAUUCAGAAUGAUCUUUCAUGUCUUUGUAGCGUUUUCAGCAACGAUGAGCUGAUUCAAUCUUUGAGUGUUAAUGUUUCUGAGGCAAUUACCCUUCCAAUGCGUUGUAGUAUCCCAUUUGAUUUAGUUGCUGAAUGCCAAGGGUAUCAGAGCCAGCGUGACAAAAAGAUCACGGGUUCAAAUUUCAUCCACCCCUCAUUUCAAAGUGGAUUAUUUCGUGCUGGGUAUGAGGAGACAUAUGUUGCAUCCACACUUCAAGCCCGAAGGGCUUUCAUAUGAGAGGGGACGUGAUAGAGUAUUAAACUAAUGUUAGGGAUUCAACCAUGAGCUUAAGCUUUUGGUUGAGUUGGUCCUCUGAUAAUUAAUUUCCGCUCAUUAUAAUUAAUCGUUAUGAAUUUAUCGUAAAUUGGUUUACUGAUAUGCUUACGUCAUACCUAAGACUCGGGAUCGAAUCUCAUAUGGAUUACGUUUCGGGCUUCGUUUUUAAUAAUGAAUACAUAAUUUAUAAUUUCAUGCAACAACACUUAUGGUGCAACUAGAAGCCCCAACAAUGUCUCCGGCUGCAGCUCCAAUUUCAGGUUCGAGAUUCUCAAACCUUUUUUUUGUUGUUUUUCUAAGGCUUUGUUUGGUAUAAAGGAAUUGGAAGGAAAAUAAGAGAAAGGAAAAGAAAAAUAUGGCUUCUUGUGUUUGAUUUUACAAAUCAUAUUUGUAUGAGAUUUGGUGGGAAAUGAAGAAAAAUGGAAGAAGAACCAACGUUAAUAAAUUAUUUUUCUUUCUCUUCCCCUCGUUUCUUUCCAUCACACCAAACAACAGAAAAUAAAUUAAGUUUCGUUUUCUUUUUUUCCUUUCUUGUCCCUGACUCCCUUUCCUUCCUUUACUAAUAUUGUAAUAAACAAAGCCGUAAAGAAACAAACAAAGGAAAACUAUUUUUUCGUUAAAGUUUUUCCUCUAAAAAUUAUUUUCUAUACAAAUUAUUUUCCUAUAAUCAUUUUUUUUUAUAUUUCUGAUGAAACAAACGGAGUCUUUCAUGAAAUACUUUAUAUAGUUUGAGAUAAAUUUUUAUUCCAAUGGGUUACUUUGAAAGUGUAUUUUUGUAUGGUAGAUUCAGGUCUAAGUUCUGGAAUUGCUCUCAAAGGAAAAGGUAAGAAAAAGAAUGGGGCCAGCAACAUUGCAUGGACUGGAUCAGCUGCUUUGGGCUCAUUCUUGCUUUGUGCAACUUUAAUGUUAUAUUGAAAACCUGGUGGGCCUGGGCCUGGGCCUCCCUUUCAAAUGUCUUCUUCAAUUUUUAAUUUAUGUCCAUCUCUAAAGUUGGGAUUUCCGAUACUUUAAUUUUGGACAUCCUCACAAUGUACUUUAUAGUGAUUCAUCAUUCAUUUGAAUUUUUUUUAUGGAGGGUAUUCAUUUAUUUGAUUAUGUUAGUGUGAUUUAAAACUAAUUUAAUCAUACUCCGUAUUAACUAUUGA